AUGGCAUCUGAUUUGUUACUUAAUUGGCUGAACAAUGAAAUUGAACUUUCACACCCAGUGAAAGAUUUUGAGAAGGACUUCGCAAACGGUUACCUAUUCGGAGAACUUCUCUACAAGUUCAACUAACAAUCAAACUUUAAAUCAUUUUCAAAAAAGAGUGAUGUAGCCUCAAACCUGGAGAAUUUUAACAAGCUAUUUCCAACUCUAAGGAAUCUGAAGGUUAAGUUUGACUCGGAUAUGGUUGAUAAUAUCAUAAAGCAGCAGAGAGGUAGUGCUUUAAGACUCCUCUAUCAAUUGAAAAUGGUACUUGAAAAAGUCUACCCACCAACAGAUAUUGCAGUCCUUAGAAAGACUGGAAAGAUGGGGGACAAUCAACCUGCAUUGAAGAUUGCUCACUCUAAAGAUAAAUAUGACGAGCACGCUCAGAAGUUUUUCUAAAACCGUCUUUAGGAGUUAAACAAGCCACAAAAAGUUCUUAACAUGGAGAAACACCUGGACAAAUUCGACUAGGAGAAGUAAAGAUAAGAGGAUCAGGCUAAGAGAUUCCAUAGCGAGGAGAUGGAUGCUAAGGACAAGAUGAGAUAAGAGACGAGAAGAGCUUAAAUCAAUAAGAUACAAAGAAAUGCUGGGUUUAUGGAGGAAUGGCAGUAAAAAGGAGUUGAAGACUGGAAGAAAAACCAAAGUAUUAAGAAAGACAGAGAAAAGAGGCAACUCGAGUUUGAAUACAAAUAGGCUGAGAAAUACAAUAACUUGACUGUGAAAAAAAUUGAUGAAGCAAAUAAGGAGGUUAAUGAUGGUAUCGGGCAAUUUGAGCAAACUCUUAAGAAUAUUGGCAUUAAUCCAAAAGUCAGAAAAGAUGAUGCUGACAGAGCAGUCCAUGAACAUUUGACUUAAUCUCCAUUGAAGUCCUCAGCCAAGGGAAGCAGAUUUGCUUCAAUGACUAAGCAGACUUAACUACCACCUUUAAAUAACACCAUUGGAGGAGCAUCAAAGACAAAUCUUAUGACUCUUGGUGGAGGCAUGACUCUUUCCUCAACAGGUCUUAAGACCAAGGACAAGAAAACAGUAACUGAGAAGAAUAGAAAGGAUAGGGAAAGAAGGAGAAGAAAGAUGAUUGUUGACUAGGGUAAGACUCACAUUGAAAUGGAGCAAAAGAGAAAAGAAGCCUAGAUCAUUGAGAGAAUGAAAAGAUAGGCAAAGCAAGAGGAAGAAUUGCAAUAUGAGUCUUGGAGAACUAACCAAUGUAAAAAUGUUAUAAUUGAAGACAGAAAGCUCAGAGAAGCCAGAUACGAGAAAAGAAGAGAGUUAGAUUAGUAAACAGCUAUUUGGAGAGAAGAAGAGAUGAUGAAGUCACUAAGAGAUCAAAUGCAAAGAGAAAUGGAGAUCUUCCAAGAAAGAGACCAGGAGAUGAGAAUAGUUCACAAGCAAUCUAAAAGAGAAAAAAGAAAUGAGUUCGGCUAUCAACUUUUCGAUGCUAUAUUUGACAUUGCCAACGAGGCAUAUAUUCACCAACAGAAGUAAGAUUCUGAGGACAUUGAUUCAAGAUGCUGGCAUGAAUGGCUCUAGCUAUUCGUAGCAGAUUUACCAAUCUCUAAAGAUGAUACUAUGAUUGAAAGAGACUUUAUGCAGGAUUCUAUGAAGGAGGUCAUUAGUGCCAACCUUGAUCAAGUAGAACUUGAGGAUUAUUUGAAAAACCAAGGCUAAUGGCCAGAGGCUCUAAUUGCUGAAAACCAACCAAAUCUAGAGCAAUUCCUCACAGGCCAAACUGAAUCUGCUCCAGCAGCAGGGGCUAAGGGUGGAAAAGCACCAGCUCCUAGUAAAGCUGCAGCUGCUGAUCAAAUAGUUCUUGAGGAAGGAGAUACUGAACUCCCACUGCAAGCACCAAACAAUUACCUUUUAGGAGAUGCUCUAGAACUUAUUAUCAACAUGAACUUUGACUAGAGAGAAAACCAUAAAAAGCCUAAGAUGCCUAGCUAUCUUAACUUGAAACUGUGCUUCGUCGGAUAUGCUUUUGCUGGAAAGAAAACUUAAGCUAAUAAAUUGAAAGAAGUAUUCGGAAAUCUUGAUAUUUAUUACUUGAACGACUUGGUGUCUCAAGCUGUAAGUUUCUUUGAAUAAAAUCCAGAGUCUAUACAAAGAGCUCUCUAGCAAAAUAGUGAAGAGGAAGCAAUAUAAGAUGAUUUAGAGAUUUCUGAAGAUAGUGAGAUAGAUGAGGAGUUAAAUGCUGAGGAAGACUUCAGAUAAUGUGGUUAAGACAUAUCAGAACUUCUAAAGGAAGGUAUUGAAAUCACAGAUGACAUUUAUGUGAGACUUUUUAUUGCUAAACUCAGACUAACUUAUCCACACAAGUCAAAGAAACAGCUAAGAAGAGAAUUGAAGUCAAAGGUAGAAAAAGAAAGAGAAAUUACCUAGAAGAUUCAGACUGUUGAAAAUGAAAUCCAAGAACUCAACGGAGGUGGAAAUGGUGAGAAUCCAGGAGGUUCAAGAAGAAGAAGAAAGAAGGAUCCUGUUCAACUCCAAGAUGAACUAGACAAACUCAACAAAGAACUUCAAACUGCAUAAGCCUAAGAUAGCAAGGGCUGGAUAUUAGUAGACUUCCCAGCCACCUUUGCCCAAGCCAAGUUAUUAGAACAAGCAUUGAGCGGGUAUGUACCUCCACAAGAGUAAGAUAAGAUUGACAGAGAAGCAUAAAUCGAAGAAGCAUUCCUUUUGGUUUAACCAAAUGCCAAGGAAGUACCUCCAAAGAAACUACUUAAGAGUGGUUUGGAUGCUGUGAUUUGGAUUGACUGUUCAAGAGAUGAAUGCAUGAGAAGAGCACUUGGCAGAAGAUUUGACAAUGUCAAUGAAAAAGUGUAUCACAUUGAGGAUUAAACACCUCUGACCACUAACGCUCCACUAUGUGAAAGACUUUAACCUAUGGAUGAGGAGGAUAACUCUGAAGCCACUUUGAUUGAUAGAUGGAUCUCAUAUGAUCAAAAUGCCCAAGGUCUAGAAAACUGGCUCAAAUAGUUUGGCCUAAACUCAAAGAAAGGAGAAGCUAGAGACUUCCAGAUACUUAAUAAAGUUAGCGGAGAUCUUGACCAAGAUUCUCUACACAAAGAAAUCAUACAAGUUAUUUAAAAGAUUCAACACAAGAAAUCUAAAUAAGAAGUAAAGAUUAAAAAAAGAAUCUUAGAAAAGAUAAUUCAAACUGAAAUUGAAGAAGCUGAGAAAUAAAGAAUCGCUUUAGAAGAAGAAGAGGAGAGAAAACGCAAAGAGGCUGAAGGUGGUGAUUAAUAACCAGGGGAAGAAAUCAAGAAAGAAGAAGGUAAAGUCGAUAAGCCAGAGCCAGCCACUGAUAGAAUUGGGCUUAAGCAAGCAGCCCCUGAUAACAUCGACAAUGACUUUAAACCAGUAAUUAUGGAUGCCUGGCAAUAACUUUGCUAAAAUUAUAAGCAAUAAAUGAAAAAGGUAUUCAGGUAGGUUAGAGAUCAAAGAGAGAGACUAACCGAAAACUUCUCAACUAUCCAGAAUUAAUUCUUGAAAUUCCUCCACAGACCAGAUUAAAAGCAAGAAAAGCUGGACUAAUUUAUCAAGGAGUUCAAUGAAUUUAGUGAUCAAUAUCCAGAUUUGAGAGAAGAUGAAUAGACGAAGGACGAACUUCACUAAAGAGUGGAUAUCUUGUCAGAUGAGCUGUGGGAGAUAAUUGAAGAGAGAAAAGAACAGCACAUCGAAGAAAGAAAGAAGAUCAUGGAAAGCGGAUGGGUCGAAUACGAAUUAACAUUUGCAGUGAGCAGUGCACAACUCUUAAUGCAAUCUGAAGUAGAUAAAUUUAAGGCUAGUGUUUAGCUUCUUCACGACUAUUAUCAUGCCUUUGAGGACAAACUAAUCCCAGAAGCCCCAUAAUUCUUUACCUAGGAUUUAGUUGCUGAUGGGGAGGAGCUACCACCUGUUGAGUCCCUUCCAGAAGGUGCAGACUCAAGUAAUAUUGAUUAGUAUCAAUACCCGAGACUAGAUAAGUUAUUUGAGAAGGCUCUCAAGACCUAAGUAGUCCAAGAUGUUACUCAAUUAUCAUCAUAAAACCAAGACAAGAAAGGAGCACCACCUAAGGGUAAAGAUCCCAAAAAACCCGCAGAAGAGGAAAAGCCAGUUGAAGAUUCAUAGUAUGUAAGAGAUAUGAGAGCUGCUAUCAAAGUCGAGAAAUCUAUUCUCAGAUACAGAUUGACUUAAAUCAGAAACUGGACUCUUAAGAGACUUAGAGAAAUGAGGUAAAAAGCAAUAAAAGUCUAUCUUAAACUUGAAGACUGGAUUUAAGUCUCAAACAAAACAGAGAACGAUGCGAUAGAUGAAAUGUCUAUUGUCAUUAAAAGAGCUAUUGAGGAUGAGAAGAAGAUCUAAGAUGAGCUUAGAGUCAAAUUUAUGGACUUCUGCGUGGAUGAAAAGAUUAUGAAUUACAUAGAGCCACCCCCUGAAAAGCUUCCUGCAUUAGAGGAGGUUAGGCAUGAUAGAUUCAGUAUUUCUUAACUUUCUACUCUAGUUAAUGAAUUGGAACAUCUUGCCAAGUAACACGGCAACGGAUCAAAUAAUGUUCCAAAUAAAGUAAUAGUUGAUCUAUUUGUCAGAAAGCUUGAGAACUCAAAGAAUCUAGGAGAUGAGGGCAGCCUUCCAGUUGAAUGGACCAAUUAUACAGAGUAUGAUAUCCAAAAUAUGGCCAGAAAUCUUGAUAAGCAAUGCACAGGAUCUAUCGACUGGAGAUAAAUUGCAACUUAUAUAAUACUACUCAAAUCUUCAAUCCCUACAGAUAAGCAUCUUGAGACAUAUAGAGCAGAAUUCAAGGGCAAAGAUGACCUUCAUAAUAAACAAAACUUCUUACAGGCCCAGGCAUGGUUUGAUGAGACAGAAUAUUCAUAGGACAGAGACUACUCAAUUCCAUUCCCAAGAGUCCAUCUAAUCAAAGACUUGCUUUUUAGAGUUAAUAAAACAGUUAAAGAAAGUGGCGAAGAGUGUAUCAGUCUAAAGAAAUACUUUAAAAUAUUAAAGUCAAAGGAACUCACUAUGUUCAAGAGAAAUAUCAAGAUAUACUCUGACAUUCUUAUCACAUAACUCUCUGAUUAAUGA